AUUACAUUGGUUUCAUCUCCCCUUCCACGAAGCUAUCCAUCGCUCACCCACUGGCACUCGGCUUUGUGACAAAAGCCGUUGAAAAGCACAGCCAAAAUCCAAGGCCCAUCACAGUAAUUUCACAUUGACUAGGUGAAUGGAAACACUUUACAAUGGCAUCUCCUUUAAACCCAGAAAUUUCAAACGAGGACCUGACAACAUGUCCCAUAUGUUUGGAGCAAAUGACAGUUCCGAAGUGUUUGCCUUGUUUGCAUUCAUUUUGUGAAACAUGCAUUGCAGCCUAUUGUGCACACUUCACAGCUGAAUCUGGUAUUCAGCAUACAUUAGAGUGUCCAGUUUGUCGUUCAGUAUUAAAUUACACAAAACAGAAAGAAACUUCAGAAACAUUAUUAGUUUCUCCUGAAAAAUGGGUACAAACACUUACUUUAAACUUUCUCAUUGCUGAGCUUCUAGAAAGAAAAAAAUUCGAGAGCACAAGCAAAAUGUGUUUUUCUUGUGAACGACUGGGAGAAAAGUGUGAGGCUAAUAACUUUUGUAAAGAGUGUGGAGAACUCUUAUGUGAUAUGUGUACUAAAUAUCACCGGGCUAACAAAUCAACAGCUACACAUAGUGUACAUUUGUUUACAGAGCUUUCAAGGGAUGAACUGAAAAGUUCCAAUCAAUUUUGUAACCUGCAUCCUGGAGAAAUGCUUAAAUUGUACUGCUGUGAUCAUGAAAUUGAAUGUUGUUCAUUGUGUGUAUCAGUGGAUCACAGGAAAUGUGAGACUGUUAAAACAAUAGAGAUUGCUGCAAAAGAUAUUUGUCAAUCUGACUUACCAAAGAAUAUAAAAGAAACCUUACAAUGCAGUAAACAGAAACUACAAAAAGUAAGAGAAAGGUACAUUGAGGAUUCAAAAAAAUUUGAAGAUAAAAUUGGUUCUAUUGUUGAAGAACUGAAUCACUUCAGACAAGAUAUCAAGACCAAGGUUGAUAUUAUUUCUGACAAACUGACUGCAGAAUUAACACAGUUUUCAGAAAACAGUGACAGGAAAUAUAGCAGUAUGGUUGUAGAAUUGGAUGAUAGAAUUGCUGCCUUUGACAAUGAAUUGAGCAUUUUCACAACAGUUUUUGAAAAAGCAUCACAUGUUCAGAUAAUGGUUACAAUAAAGGAACUUGAAAAAAAAUCUCCUCUGCAUACCAAGUUUACAAAUCAUUUUACAAACCACUACUUUCAUUCACAUUUAACAUCAAGUGUUACUAAAGAACUUGACAACAUCAAUAAUUCAUUAGAUAAAUGUAUGGUGUCAACAAUUAGUCAUAUCAGUGAGCAUUGUGAAUUCCCAUUAACAUGUAAUCUGCUGCCUAGAGUCAAGUUAAAAUUAAUAUCUGAAAUCAAAAAAGAAGAACGGAAUAAUGAAGCAUGUUUUUCUAGUAAUGGAAACAUUUUUGUGGCAGAUCAUUUUGCAAAAUGCAUUGAAGUGUACAGUAUUGACAGUACAAAAUUAAAUACAGUCCAGCUUGAAUAUUCACCAUUUAAUUUAGCCUCUGAUGGUCAUGGCUAUAUUGCUUUACUAAAUGAUGAGGAUGGAACCAUAGAACUCUUAAAUGAAAAAACACUCACCAUUGAUCAAAGACUUCCUAUUAGCAAGAAUUCUGAUGGUAUUUCACUGAAUGAAAAGUUCCUUGUUGUUAGACAGGAUGAGAGAAUUGAAUGUUAUGACCGUUUAAAAGGAACAUUAUACACCAAAGUUGAAGGAUUACCAGGGCUUGACAGCUCAUGGUAUGUUCAUGUCAACGAAAAAGGAUUUUACUUUUCAUGUGGUGACAUUAUAUACUUUAAAACAUUUCCAAACAUGCCAGAUGGUGAAAGUGACAGCUUUAUUUACACUGAUCAUACAAUGGAGCAUGUAGAAGAUGUAGAAACUGAUGAUAAAGGAAAUAACAGGCUAUUAUUUGAACUUGGAAUUAUUUUUAAUUAUGGAAUUUGCAUAAUUUCUUGUGCUGGAAAUUUUUAAUAAAUUCCAUGUUUAUUCUGUACUUCAAUGUUCUGUGCUGUGCACAACACUUUCUAUUACAAAGAAGAUAGUACAUUUUCAAUAGAAUGUAUUGUGCCGCGCACAACACUAUCUAUACAAAAUACAUUAUAUGGAAAGUGUUAUGAACCACUCAAAACAUUAUAAUAACAAAUAAACAAGGAUUUUAUCAAAAAAUUCAAGCACAAGAAAUUAUGCAAAUUCAAUAAUUAAAAAUAAUUCCAAGUUCAAAUAAUAGCCUGCUAAAUGUAUAUUAUUCAGAUUCUCAAAUGGAUAAGAUUGGUCUGAUGUCAUGUGAUGGUUCAAGAUCAUAUUCCAUUGAUUCACCGAAGGAAUUAAUAAGGCCAAAGGGCCUGUGUUUAAGUGAGGACCAGAAGAAUCUGCUUGUCACAAAUGAUAUGGGCAGUAAGAUAUAUGUGUAUGAAACAGAGAAGGAUGGGUAUGUAGAAGAAGCUGAUAUAAGUGACAACGAUGGUGAACAGAGCAUUGAGGAAAUUGACAAUACAAAAGCUGAUGCAUAAACAUGAUAAAUAAAAGUGUUUCUAAUAUUAAACAGAUUAGUAAAACAAAUGUAUCAGCCUACUUCAGAACUUUUAGAUGGAUCAUACAAAGAAUUUAGGUUAAUAAAAAUGAAAACUUUUACUUAAAAAUAAACCUACUGAUACGAAUGAAACCCAAGAUAGGCCAGACUGCAAGUAACAUAAAGAUUUUUCUCUUACUUGAAGUGAAUUUGUUACAUUACUGAUAUGAAUAAAGCUUUAAUAUUUCAGAA